AUGGCGAUGGCGAGCCGCAGCAGCAGAGCCGCCGGCACACGGGUGCUAGCCUUCCUAACUGUGUCGGUGCUCCUCACCCCGACGCUGUCCCAGACGUGCCCGCAGCUGGACAGCAUCGUGACCUCCGCAGUGCAGACCGCCCUCCGGCAGGAGAUCGCCCUCGCCGCGGGGCUCCUCCGCAUCUUCUUCCACGACUGCUUACCCAAUGGCUGCGACGCCUCCGUGUACCUCAAGGGUAGCGGCACCGAGCAGAGCAUGGGGCCCAACAGGACGCUGCAGCCGCGCGCGCUGCAGCUCAUCGAGGACAUCCGGGCCAAGGUGCACGCGGCAUGUGGACCCACCGUCUCCUGCGCCGACAUCUCCACCCUCGCCACCCGCGCGGCCGUCGUCUUCUCCGGCGGGCCAACCUACGCCGUGCCACGGGGCGUCCUCGACAGCCUCGCCCCGGCGCCCCAGAACGCCGUCAACGGCCUCCCCGCGCCCUCCACCUCCAGCGUGUCCGCCCUCGCCAGGGCCUUCAGUGACAAGGGCCUCCGCGACCUCGCCGACCUCGUGGCGCUCUCGGGCGCGCACACCGUCGGGAGGGCCGCCUGCGGGUUCUUCUCCGACCGUGCCGCCAAUGGCGACGCGUUCGGGAAUAGGCUGGCCGCCAACUGCACCAGAAACCCGAACCUGCGGCAGAACCUGGACGUGGUCACCCCGGACCUGUUCGACAACGGCUACUACAGGGCGCUGGUGGCCAGCCAGGGCGUCUUCACCUCCGACAUGGUGCUCAUCAGGGACGCCAGCACGGCGCCGAUUGUGAGGCAGUUCGCGAAUAGCAAGGACGCCUUCUUCACCCAGUUCGCCAAGUCCAUGGCCAAGCUCGCAACCGCGCCCAGGCCCGGCGGGAACGUCGGCGAAAUCCGCCGCAGCUGCUUCAGCCGCAACGCCAGGACCGCCAUCGAGACCGCAGUCGACGUCGCUGGUGACGAGGGCUUCUCCGCCUCUGCUUGAUGUCAGUUACGUAGUAAUAAUGUACUAAUGUGUGUGUGUGCCAGUCGUGUGUUACGUGCACACGUCCCAGGCUCGGU